AUGGCCUCGACCUCCACUUCUGCGCCGAUCCCAUCGGAUCCCCCAACGUCGAGCGUGGCAUCCAGCUCACGGAGCGCAAACGUCGACGAUGCCUACAUCAAAGCCGGUGAUCUCGUGAUUGUAUUUGCGUCCCGAGACAAGACACCAAUGCCGCUGACGGUCACGCCAGGCGAGCACGUCUCCAACAUGUUUGGCCAUUUCCCGCACGACGACAUGAUCGGCAUGCCCUACGGCAGCAAGAUGGUCUCCAAGAAAGGACGCGGAUACGUCUACCUACUUCGACCGACACCCGAACUGUGGACACUGGCGCUGCCACACCGCACGCAGAUUCUGUAUGCACCCGACAUGUCGUUCAUCUCGAUGAAGCUCAACAUGGGUCCCGGGAGUCGCGUUAUUGAGGCCGGCACGGGGUCGGGCAGUUUCAGCCACGUCAUUGCUCGCACUGUCGGUCGUGCUGAUGCUGGUCCGCGAUCGAAUGGCGUCGCGAAUGGAGAGGAUCGGAGCAAGGCGGAGGGGAUGCAAGUGCCAAGGAACUGGAAGGGCUUGCCCAACCACUUGCAGCAGAACCUAUCGCGAGGGAGAGGACAGCCACGCGAUCUGGAGGAUGCUGCCGAGACGGUCGAGAACGGAACAGUCGAAGCUGGAGACGCCUCCAAAGCUGACGCAGCAUCAGUCGAAGCAACCGCGCAGCGACCCGACACGGAUGCGCACGUCCCCGAAGAGCACGGCCGCCUGUGGAGCUUUGAGUUCCACGAACCGCGUGCUGACAAGGCCAGAGCCGAGUUUGCAGCACACGGCAUGGACAGGGUGAUCGUUCUCAACCAUCGAAAUGUCUGCAAGGACGGCUUCGGACUUACCGACGCUGCUGACUCUGUCUUCCUCGAUCUUCCCGCACCGUGGGAAGCGGUCGGACAUGCCGCCCAGGCAUUGCGGCGCGAUACGGUGACGCGCAUCUGCUGCUUCUCCCCCUGCAUCGAGCAGGUGCUCAAGACAGUCACCGCGCUCAACGAGAACGGCUUUACCGAUGUGGAGACGUUCGAGUCGCUGGUGCGCACGCACGAGAGUCACUCCGCUGCCGGUCCCGAGGUCAGCAUCGACGAGGCCAUCACGCGCAUUCAGAUGGUGGAGAAGCGCAAAGAGGCGAGACGAAUCAUUCAGAUCGAAAAGGCACGCGGCAACAGAGGUCAAUCGAAGGGCGCCAACCGAGCAAUGGCCGAGGCGGAUGCCGAUGACGAUGCGGAGGGUGAUGCGAGCAUGGGCGAGCCCUCGACCACGACAGGCAGCUCGGCUGAUGCCGAUCUCAAGCGCAAGCACGACGACGAAGAGGACGGUGCAGACGACGGAACAGCUGCUCCCUCGUCAGACAAGGCUGCCAACGACACGUACCAGCGAGGCGUGCAAGAGGGGGUCGCCGUCACCAAGAAAAAGGCUCGAAUGAUGCAGCAGCAGACCCACCAGAGUCAGCCGAUCCAAGCCGCCACCGUCUACUCAAAGCCCUACUACGAGAUGCGUGGCCACACGAGCUAUCUCACCUUUGCGACGCUAUUGCCUCGCGACAUGACGGGCGGUCUGUGA